AUGACAGAAGAACACCGCGGUCUCGACCUCACCUACCUCGAACACGCCAUUCGCACACGAAGGAUGGACGUCAUACGACACGCUGCAGACUCUACGCGUAAUACUGGAACGCUAGCAGCCAGAUCUGCUCCAGCUUGCUACGAAUUACAAAAUCACGAAAUCGUCAUCUCACGCGCGACGCUCAUUGCGGUCGUCGUACUCUGUUCGAUUCUCACAAUUUCCAGCAUCGUGCUCUUCUCGGUGCUGCUUUGUCGAAAAUGGCGUCGAAGCCGAGAAAGUCGGAAUGCCGAAGUCUGGGGUCGACAGUCUUUUUAUCGUCAUCAGGACAAUAGACGCGUGUCUCUGGCGAGGAAGGAUGUGGAUGAUGAGUUCAGUCGGCAAUACCGUGGAGUGUUGGGGACUGUGGUUGAGACCCAGGAGCUAGGUGCUGAAUCCGUGGCGAUAGAACGGGGAACGAGGGUAGAGGCUUGGGACGAUGAGAAGGAGAAAUUGAGACCCAAGUUUGUCGAUGUGGAGCUUGAUCUGGAGAGCGGAUAUGAUGAGGGCGUGACGAGAAAGUUUGAGGUCGUGGCUGGGAAGGUGAGACCCAAGGGGUCGGACGGUGGUGCUCGGGCAUCGACAAUGAGCAGAGUCAGUCUGUUCUGGUCUGAAGCGGUUGGUGUUUGGAUGCCGAAGAGAUUGGACAAGUGA